AUGGCAAACGGCGUCGUUCUUCUCCUUCUCUUCCAUCUUCUCGUGAAGAGUUCGAUUGCAUCUGUUGCGGAAGGAAGAUCGAUAUAUUUGGUUUUAAUGGAAGGAGAAGCAGUAGCAUUUCAUGGAAGAAAAUUCGAUCCCAACAGCUCUUCCAUGGAUCAUGCAAAAAAGUUGGUCGAUUCUCAUGAUCAAGUUCUUCAAAGAACUCUAGAUAGGGGAAGCUAUAACAAGUUAUACAGCUUCAAACAUGUUCUUAAUGGCUUUGCUGUACACACAACACCAUCCCAGGCUAAGAAACUACAGCAUUCUCCGGGAGUGAAGCUGGUUGAAGGAGAUAGAAGAACCAGAGUGAUGACUACUUACAGUCCUCAGUUCUUAGGGUUACCGGAAACCGUGUGGACUCAAGAAGGCGGCGACCGAAAUGCAGGAGACGGGAUCGUGAUCGGUUUCGUCGACACGGGGAUUAACCCUUUUCACCCAAGCUUUGCUUAUGACAUACUCAAUCCUUUAACGUCCAAUAUCUCUCAUUUCUCUGGUGCAUGUGAGGUUGGUCCUCAAUUCCCGUCGUUUUCGUGCAAUGGUAAGAUUGUUUCCGCCAGGUUUUUCAUAGCCGGAGCUCAAGCGCUCACUCCGCUUAAUGCUACGAUCGAUAUUCCUUCACCGGCGGAUGCAGUAGGCCAUGGAAGCCACGUAGCAUCGACUGCAGCCGGAAGCCGGGUCCCUGUGGUGGUUAACAGCUUCUAUUAUGGACGAGCCAGUGGGAUGGCACCACGAGCAAGAGUUGCUGUUUAUAAGGCUGUCUACCCUACAGUAGGAACACUUGCGGAUGUAGUUGCAGCCAUUGAUCAAGCAGUAGCAGAUGGAGUGGAUAUCUUGAAUUUGUCGAUCGGACCAGAUGAACCACCACAAGAUUCAGUCACAUUCUUGAGCAUUUUCGACAUAGCCAUGUUAUUCGCACGAAGAGCUGGUUUUGUGGUACAGGCUGCUGGAAAUUCAGGCCCUGGUCCUUCGAUGGUAUUGUCUUACAGCCCUUGGAGUGUCGGUGCAGCCGCUUCCAGGACAGACCGACGAUACAUUGAUUCUCUUCUCCUUGGAAAUGGACUAAAUAUUUCUGGUGUGGGGUUAUCAGGUAAUGCCUACUUGGACCACAACUCCAACUUUGGAAAUGGAACAUUACUGUAUAAGCUAGUGCUGGCUAAGGAUGCUAUCAGUUUAAGUGGGACAUUCCCUAGGACUCCGCCGUAUGUCGAGGAGUGCCAAUAUCCGGAAGCUUUUGACCCUAACAUAGUGAGGGGUAGUAUUGUUAUAUGCACUUUUUCAGCUGGUUUCUAUAACGAUACAUCCACGUUAACCGCCGUCAUCGACACCGCGACAGUUCUCGGAUUCAUGGGAUUCAUUCUUGUUGCGAAUCCGAGUUAUGGCGAUUUCAUCGGCCAACCGAUUCCUUAUUCUGUUUCUGGCACUUUGAUCACAAAAGUUGCAGAUGCAAAGAUUCUAUCUCAAUAUUAUGAACAGCAAACAUUAAGGGAUGCAAGGGGCUUUGUGACACAGUUCAAUGCACGAGCUGCGAUACGAGACGGUAGAUUUGCUUCGUUUGGUGGCCAAGCACCCAUUGUUAGCAGAUUCUCAGCAAGGGGACCCGAUUUUAUCGACAUUGACCGGAACCCUGCCGAUGUACUUAAACCUGAUAUUCUCGCCCCGGGCCAUGAAAUUUGGGCAGCCUGGAGCCCCUUGAGUGCCCUCGACCCGAUUCUAACUGGCUAUAAUUUCGCUCUGAUAUCCGGUUCAAGCAUGGCUGCACCUCAUAUUGCCGGAAUUGCAGCACUAAUUAAGCAAAAGCAUCCUUUGACGCCAUCGAUGAUCGUAUCUGCAAUGUCAACCACGGCCACCAAGUUUGAUAACAAUGGUCGGGUUAUAAUGGCAGAAGGAUUUGAAGUUCGAAGCUCGUAUGCCGGUAAUAAUUUUGAUUUCGGCGCCGGCUUUGUUAAUCCAAGACGUGCCAUGGAUCCAGGCUUGGUCUUAUCAUCAGUUCUUCAUAAUGCUAUCAUGAAGCAGACUUUGAAGACUAUCAGGUUUUUGUGUUCAAUGCCGAACAUUGAUCGCUUUGCAAUCAGAGUUGCCACUGGAGCAUGGUGCAGUCAGUCGCUUGGCCACCCGGCUAACUUGAACAUACCGUCGGUGACGAUAUCUGCACUAAGAAGAUCGCUGACAGUGAGACGGAGUUUCAAGAACGUGGCGAUGAAACCGGAGACUUAUGUAGGCUUAGCAAUACCGCCAAACGGGACAACAAUUACCUUACAUCCACCUUGGUUUACUAUAGCCCCAGAUGGAACCCAAGAUUUGGACAUAGAAAUAACUGCGACUCAAUCGACCAACGUGUUCAGCUUCGGGGAAAUUAUUUUAACAGGAAGUUUGAAUCAUAUCGUGAGAAUGCCGGUAUAAAUUAGGUCG